CUAAUAUCAUUUCUACUAUAAAAAAGCCUCUAUACAUCACACUCAGCAAAGCUUCACUCAUGGCAAAAAUGACAUCCCACAGCAACACUCUCUUCUUCUCCCUCCUUCUCUCCCUCUUCCUCACCCUCGCUUUCUCCGACGACCCGGAUUGCGUGUACACGGUCUGCGUUAGGACCGGGUCGAUCUUAAAGGGCGGGACAGACUCCAACGCCAACGUCCAGCUCUACGACGCGUAUGGCUACGGGAUCGAGAUCCGGAACCUCGAGACCUGGGGCGGGUUGAUGGGCACCGAUUACAACUACUUCGAGAGGGGCAAUUUGGACAUUUUCAGCGGCCGCGGACCUUGCCUCCAAGCCCCCAUCUGCGCCCUCAACCUCACCUCCGACGGAUCCGGCUCCCACCACGGCUGGUACGUCAACUACGUCGAGGUCACCUCCACUGGGGCCCACAUUCCUUGCAGCCAACAGCUCUUCACGAUCGAGCAGUGGCUGGCCACAGAUACGUACCCGUACGAGCUCACCGCUGUUAGGAACUACUGUAACUCGGAUGACGGUGUCCAGCAACGGCGUCAUACUCAACGCAUGAUCCGGUCCGGUUCGAGCGGUUUGGUUUCUGCUGUUUUAUAGUGGGUGUGUUUGGAUGCGGGUUUAAUUAGUUUCUGUGUAAGCAUAAUCUGGCUGUUGUGCUUGUUAUGGUCGUUAGUACAGUAGGGAUAUCGGAUUAUCCAUGCUGUUCAGUUGAGUGGUGCUGUUAAGUUUCUAGACUAUAUUUGGCCAAAUAAAGAAAAUUAAUUAUGGGGUUUAUUAUUAUUUAUUAGCAUACUAAUUUGGAUGAGCCCUGAUCUGUGAAGUUUAGUAAUGAGAAUGAGACAGGUUGUGGA